CUUAGCAACGUUGACGACGCUAACCUGUGAAUGUAAGACAAUAACACAGUGUCACAGCAGGUGGGGAUUUCUGCUAUAGUUAAUAGAGAAGAGAAACAUUAAUGGCAACCUUCGGACGCUAACGUGAGGUGUAUGGAUGUAUCUAAGAUCAUACAGUGUUGAGUGAACCUAAUAAAACAUGGAGAAGGAACAGCACAACUCUGUGGUCUUCAAUGCCUCUAAAAGAGAGCUCUUUACUAUGAACAAUGGAUACAAAUCCAUGCAGAAGAGACUCCGGGCUCAAUGGAAAAUACACAGUAUGAAGGAAGAGCUGUCUAUUGAGAAGCUGAAGGGUGUCAAGUUGUGGAUAACUGCAGGGCCAAGGGAGAAGUUCACAGCAUCAGAGCUGGAGGUGCUGAAGCACUACCUGGACAGUGGAGGAAAUGUCCUCGUUAUGCUCGGCGAAGGAGGGGAGAUGAAAUAUGACACCAAUAUUAACUUUCUCCUGGAGGAGUUUGGGAUAAUGAUCAACACUGAUGCAGUUGUGAGGAACGUGUAUUACAAGUACUUCCAUCCAAAGGAGGCGCUCGUAUCCAAUGGUGUAUUGAACAGAGAGAUCAGUCGAGCUGCUGGCAAAGUGAUCACAGGAAUAACUGAAGAUGAAAAUGUUGGAAACAAUGCACAAGCUCUCACAUUUGUGUAUCCAUAUGGCGCCACUCUGAGUGUGAUGAAGCCUGCUGUUGCCGUCCUUUCAACUGGCUCAGUCUGCUUCCCCCUCAACAGGCCUGUCCUGGCUUUCUUUCAAGGAAAGGAGGCUGGAAAACUGGUAGUUCUGGGUUCCUGCCACAUGUUCAGUGACCAGUACAUGGACAAAGAGGAGAAUAGUAAAAUCAUGGACGUCGUGCUCCAGUGGCUCAUGACUGAAAAUAUUCAGCUGAACCAGAUUGAUGCGGAAGACCCAGAAAUCACAGAUUACACCAUGUUGCCAGACACGGGGUGCCUGUCGGAACAGCUCAGAGUGUGCUUACAAGAGGGUGACGAAAACCCCAAAGACUUCACCUCCCUCUUUGAUAUGGCUCUGUUCAAUUUGUCGACCGAUACUUUACCCCAAGUCAUCAGUGCUUACAAGCAGCUUAAUGUCAAAGAUGAGCCGCUUCAGCUGAUCACACCGCAGUUUGAGACCCCUCUGCCUCAGCUCCAACCUGCUGUUUUCCCACCUGCCUUAAGCGAUUUGCCUCCACCCAUGCUGGACCUGUUUGAUCUAGAUGAAACCUUCUCCUCUGAGAAAGUGCGCCUUGCUCAGCUCACAAAUAAAUGUACAGAUGAUGAUCUUGAGUUCUACGUGCGGAAAUGUGGGGAGAUUCUGGGCGUGACUCCAAAGUUGGAUAAAGAUCAGAGGGAUGCCAAGCAUAUCUUGGAGCACAUUUUCUUCCAGGUUGUAGAGUUCAAGAAACUCAAUCAGGAGCACGAUAUCGACACCGAGGCACAAUUCACUCCGGGUCAAUGAUUAUUCAGCUCUGCCUUUUCAAUAUACUGUACCAUGACUAAGCAGAGGAGUAUAUUCUGUAGGAAAAAGCAGACUGUUACUGUUAUUCUGGACUGCACUAACAUGGUGCUGUGAUGACUGAAAUGUAUGACUGUAUAUACACCUUUUUAAUCUUUAUACCUUUUUAUUCUGUUGUGGAGAAUAUGUAAAACUGUAAAUACACUUGAGUAAAUAAAGUCAC